AUGUCAUCCACAGAUUCUUCUCUAAGAGGAAAAGCCGCUUCCAGAACGAGAGGGAGAUAUACAAGCAAAGCGUGUGAGGAAUGUCGACAACGAAAAGCGAAGUGUGAUGGGAAGAAACCUCGCUGUUCGAGAUGUGCUCAUCAUGAUGCACGAUGUCAAUACUCUGGUGCAGAAGAUGGCCGUCGGCCUGCGCCAAAGUCCUACGUGCUUCUUCUGCGGCAGCGAAUCGCGUCUCUCGAGAAGCAACUGGAAAGUCAUGGCAUUGAUCCUCAAGCAAGCCAUGCCUCUGGAGCAAUUGAUGCGGGGUCCCCUCAUGAAGACCAUGAUCCUCAGAUGUUCAACAUGAAGAAUGCAUCAAUAGAGGAAUUAUGCGAUUACCUCAAAGGUCGCUUGUCCUUAGAUGAGUCAAUGAACUUCGAGCAGGACGGGGAGAUGAGGUACUUCGGACCAACAAGCGGACGACUCAAGUUCGAAUCCCCGGGGCCGGAAGAGAAAGAGGAACUGGAGAACGCCUACUCCGUUCCUGAGCUAGAGCCCGUCCUGCAGAGCAUUGAUGAAUUUCUCAACUUUCCCCUUGUGGAUCCUGCCUUUGAGGAAAUAGGCAUUUCUAAAGCGCUCCAGGACGAGCUCAUCGAUCUCUACUUUACCUGGGAGCAACCGUGGUACCCCAUCGUGGACGAAACCCUCUUUCGAGAAAGUAUGGAGAAGCAGGGCCCGUAUUGGAGUCUGCUCCUUCAUUACUCCAUCCUUGCGCUUGGAUCCCGGUAUUCGGACAACCCAGAGGUUCGGAGUAACCCUAGCGACUCGAACACAGCCGGAUUACCUUUUUUUGAAAAGGCCAAGACCCUUUUACAUCAGGAAAUGGAGCAUCCUACAUUCCUGACAAUUCAAGCGUUGGGGGUCAUCGGGAUGGUCUACGUCGCCAUAGGCUUGGACGCAGCUGGAUGGCUGCAUCACGGGAUGGCUAAUCGGCUGAGCCUUGAUAUUGGGCUAAAUAUGGAUCCCGCAGUCUUCGAAAGGACGAUACAAAUGACUGGCCGGGAACUUCGCCUCAGACGACAAGUUUAUUGGACGCUGUACUGUCAUGACAAGUUGUUUGCCACGUAUACCGGUCGGGUCUGCUCAAUGCUCGAUCAACAAGGAGCAGUUGAGCUGCCGUCAAUAAUGGAUGAAGAUCAACAUAUCCAUGGCCGCACGCCAGAAAGCAUCCAAAGGGCACGGAUACCUCUACUGCGAGCCAUGACAGCUUUAUGUCGCAUAAAAGAAAGAAUACUCACAUCACUAUGGGCUCCGAGGCAUCUGACCAAACCACCGGAACGAUUGAACCUCCUCCGGACUUGCCUCUUGGACCUGCGGACAUGGUUCUAUGACCUACCACAGGAGCUUCGAAUCGACCGCUCUAAUGACGUCCCGCACGUCUACACAUUACACAUGCUAUACCAUACCGCACGAAUCCUCCUCACUCGGCCUUUCAUAGUCCAUUCGGCCGAGCAUCAACGCGCAGCAGGGUCCAGCGAACUCAUGACCGUGGCCAAGGCUGUCUGGCGCGAGUCCGCCAAGGCGAUGUGUCUGACGGCUCAGAAAUACCGCCGAGUGUUCCAGAGCUUCCACCGCAGCCCGAUUUCCGCCAUGCAUUGCACGCUCUGUGCUGCGGUGGCGCUGCUCGAAGAUCAUGAGAGUCCCUCCAAUGUCACCCACCUCGCUAGUUGCAUUACUGUGCUGGACGAACUGUCAACGUCCUGGCAUCCGGCUCUCCUCAUCAGAAACAACCUGCGUCGACUGUGUCCAUCGAUAUCCACGCAGGUAACGCCAGGGUCUGAAAAUAGCUCUGAUAAUAGUUUCGAGACCCGGGACCUCGAAGCCCGGCCUGGUAUGCCCGAUCCUUCCACUUUCCGGGCUGACGCCGGAUGGCAGACCAGCAGCGGUGGUGGUUUGGCGCCUUGGAGUCACCUGCCCGGUGAUUACGGACUGUUUGACUUGCUUAAUCAUACCACUUGGGAUCGACCUUUGUAGAAGCUUAUAAUAUCUAUUCAGUGUCCUCUAUGAUGUCGGAUGAAGAUGGUUGGAUCAAAAGUCUACUUCCUCUCCUAAUAGUUGUUGAUUUUCCAGGCAUCAACUUACUACAGCACCGUACGAGACUUGGUUGUGCUGCUUCCAGCCUCAGGCAUCAAUCAUCCUUGCCAGUGCAUAAUGGUACUGCUGGCACGGUCAAUUUUAGCGCCUACCAGACAAAUCUCG